CUCCAUCAUGGCGCCGCUCCUGGUCCCGCUGUGGUGCAGUUCACACAUUCAGAGACGGAAAUUAGCGCUUCUUCUUCAAAGAUCUUCUUCUUAUUCUGUCUGGAGCCACACGAAUAAGAAACAGAGGAGAACAUAUCAGUUACAGAGUCCAUAUCUGACGUCAUCGACAUGGACGACACAUCGAGGAGAAACCAGCCGGCAAAUACUGGAAGCUGUAAAACAUUUGCAGAUCCCAGAGAGAACAUGCUGGCAUGGAAAUGCUGGGGGCAACCUGAACGCAGAUCCCAAAAAUGUGUUAACAGAGGUCAAUUCGACGAAGAUCCUCUCGGCCAUGUUGGCGUACGUUUGGCCCAAGGAUCGUCCGGACUUGCGAGCCCGGGUGGCGAUCGCGCUCGGCCUGCUUGCUGGAGCCAAGCUCACCAACGUGAUGGUGCCCUUCAUGUUUAAAUAUGCCGUGGACGGCCUGAACCAGAUGUCCGGACACAUGUUGAACCUGAGCGACGCGCCAAACACGGUGGCCACCAUGGCAACAGCGGUCCUGGUUGGCUACGGCGUCUCCCGAGCAGGAUCGGCGCUCUUUAAUGAGCUGAGGAACGCCGUCUUUGGCAAGGUGGCCCAGAGCUCCAUCCGGCGCAUCGCCAAGAACGUCUUUCUGCACCUCCACAGCCUGGACCUGUCGUUCCACCUGAGCCGACAGACGGGAGCCCUGUCCAAGGCCAUCGACCGGGGCACGCGCGGCAUCAGCUUCGUGCUCAGCGCCCUCGUCUUUAACCUCGGACCCACGGCCUUUGAAAUGGCUCUGGUCAGCGCCAUCCUGUAUUAUAAAUGUGGCGGUCAGUUUGCGCUCGUCACUCUGGGAACCUUAUCGGCGUACACGCUCUUCACCAUCGCAUUUACACAGUGGAGGACCCAGUACAGAAUAGCGAUGAACAGAGCAGAUAAUGAAGCAGGAAACGCCGCUAUCGACUCGCUGCUCAAUUACGAGACUGUAAAGUACUUCAACAACGAGAAGUAUGAAGCAGAAAGAUACGACAACUUUCUGAAAAUGUAUGAGUCCUCCUCACUGAAGACGACCACCACGCUCGCCAUGCUGAACUUCGGGCAGAGCGCCAUCUUCAGCGUCGGUCUCACAGCCAUCAUGGUGCUGGCGAGCCAGGGGAUCGUAGCAGGAACCAUGACUGUGGGGGAUCUAGUGAUGGUAAAUGGGCUACUCUUCCAGCUUUCGCUACCUCUGAACUUUCUGGGUACGGUGUACAGAGAGACCAGACAGGCCCUCAUCGACAUGGACACCCUGUUCACCCUGCUCAGCGUGGACACCAAAAUCAAGGAGAAAGAGCUGGCCCCUCCCCUGCUGGUCACCCCUCAGGAUGCCACUAUCAGGUUCGAGGAUGUGUACUUCGAGUAUUUAGAGGGACAAAAGGUGCUCAAUGGGGUUUCUUUCGAAGUGCCCGCGGGGAAGAAGGUGGCUAUUGUUGGCGGCAGCGGAUCUGGAAAGAGCACAAUCAUGAGGCUGCUGUUUCGAUUCUACGAACCGCAGAGAGGAAACAUCUACAUCGCGGGUCAGAAUGUUCGAGAAGUCAGCCUGGAGAGUCUGAGGAAAACGUUGGGCGUGGUUCCUCAGGAUGCAGUUCUCUUCCACAACAGCAUCUUCUACAAUCUGCAAUACGGCAACAUCCACGCUUCACCAGAGGAAGUGUACGGCGUGGCUAAGCUGGCUGGCAUCCACGAUGCCAUUCUGAAAAUGCCACACAGAUACGAGACGCAGGUCGGAGAGCGAGGCCUGAAACUUUCAGGUGGAGAAAAGCAGCGUGUGGCUAUCGCCCGGGCGAUCCUAAAGAACCCUCCCAUCCUCCUGUACGAUGAGGCCACGUCUUCCCUCGACUCGAUCACUGAAGAGAACAUUCUGAGCUCCAUGAGGGAGAUGGUGAGGAACAGGACGUCGGUUUUCAUCGCUCACCGACUGUCCACCAUCGUGGAUGCAGAUGAGAUUAUUGUACUGAAUCAGGGUAAGGUGGCAGAGCGAGGGGAUCACCACACCCUCCUGAACACCCCCGGCAGCCUGUACGGCGAGCUGUGGAACACACAGAACAGCAAAGUGCUGAACAGUAACGGCGCACAAAGCCGGACAGCCCCGCCGCACGUGUCUCAGAAAGAGGAGGAACGGCGAAAGCUGCAGGAGGAGGUCCUCAACAGCGUCAAGGGCUGCGGCAACUGCUCCUGCUGACGGGGGCACUCUUCCACUCGAACAUAGGGAGGCAGACUUUUUGAGAAUGAAUGUUUUUUCUGUGAUAAACAUGACAAAGGUUCUGCAGAUGUUUUCUAUUUUAAAACCAUAACGUGGUGCUCUGCAGCGUCGGUGAACUGUCUGCUCAGAUAUCUCUGUCACUGAGGAGAAACGGCCACAUUUGGCUGUUUUUAUUUGAUAGAAACUCUUUCUAAUGCCAGAACUUUACUGUUUUCAUCUCAAAUUCAUAGUAGAGCCAGAAAUACCUGGACCAGUGAUACAUGCAUGUGUAACAUGCGAGGAUAGAACUGUGUCUGACUCGUGCAGGAUGGUGCAGAAGGUCCAGACAGGGUUUUUACUUUCUUUUACCCUGUUUAAAGCAGACACCAUGAUGUCCUUGGUCUAAUUGUCUUCUUAAUCCACAUUUCUACAGCUCUGACAUUACACCACAUUUUCUACUAUUAUAAAACAGCCAAAUUGGACUCGUUCCCUUUAAAUCUGUUCAGGACGUGCACACCAAGGUUGCUGUUCAUUCUGAAGUGAACAUUCCUACGGAAGGCACUUUCAAGUGGGCUACCCAGCAUUAUGCUAAGUGGACAUUGAUGUAAGCUGAGAUCGUACAUGCACUCGGCAGGCACGUGUUUACCUGGGUAGUGUUCGAAGUUCUGUGGUUUCUGUGACUAAAUAUUAUAAAAACAAACAGCAACAGAUCAUACGAGGGUUCUUCACUGUUUAAACUCAGUUUAUUAAGAAUUUCCAAAACAAAUGACGUCACUUCUCUACAUGUUCACUUUCCGAUGCGUCGUACCAACUUUUUAAUGCCGCCAGCAAAAAAAGUUUUCAGUUGAGCGCGUUGAUGCUUUCACAUCAUCAUCUCACAAAAAUCUUCUUCCCCUUAAAGCUUCCUUGAUGGAGCUAAAUCCGGACUAUAAGCAUCUCUCUGUCUCUCAGACACGACCGAUUACUCCUCCUCCCACCCUCACCGCUUAUAACCAAAAUAUAAAAGUGCAGAAACUUUUUGAAGAUCCCUCGUAUUAUAUAGGCCGCCGCUCUGUUGGCGCCGUUAUCUAACGUGCUGGCACAUCACGGCCGAGCGCUGGAACUUGAGAGAUCGGAUCGAAGCGGAGUCGCUGACCUGGCCGGGCAUCCACACAAACGCAAAUGGUCGUGUUUCGGAUACGCAAAUGAAGCAUAGCGUGAUACGGCUCUGUCCGGAAAAGCAAUACUGGCGGGUGAUGAGAAGUGGCCGCAGAUUGGACGUGUUAAAAAGGGCGUGGAGCAAUCAGAUCCGACUCCUUGAUCCUUGAUCAGAUCGGGACUCGCAGUCAGCAAUUGGAAAUGACUAGAUUGAAAGAUUAUUAUUGUGGUGACCUGUCCAGGGUAUUUUAUACCUCUCGCUGGGUAAAUUGUACCCACCCGGACCCUGAUUGGAUAAAGUGGAGGUAAAACGACCUUGAGUGAGUGAAUGAAUAAUAUGGUGGUGCAGAGAGCUUUAUAAAUCAUUUAACUUGGUGGCACAGCCUUCUAACUCAAUAACUGUUUAGAAAUCAUAUUUGGUUAGAGCUGUAAACUUGACUGUCCAUAUAAAAAAGGUUUGUCCGCUCACGGAGCAUCUUAAAGCUCGAUGAAAUUGAUUAAAUGAAAUUGUUACUGCUUAUUAAAAACAAGAAUAAUAAUAAUAUUAGAGGCUCUUUUCUUUCCAGAAGUAUGUGGUCCAAUCAGUCACAGAAAGCUCUGAAAUCCUGAACCUGUCAUGUGUCAGACUGCUGAAGAAUCUGAUUACUGAGUUAGAACGACCAAGUGUCAGUUUUUCCAAUAUAAUAAAAAACAACGUUCAAAUCAGCCUUAUAAUCAGAUCGUGGCUAAAUUAAGAUCCUGUAUCAGUUGUCGGAUUUGCUCGGUACAAACAAACACGCUCGUUUGUUCGGUGAGAUUAGAACCCGUCAAUGUACAGUAGGUGUGUGUGUGUGUGUGUGUGUGUGUGUGUGUGUGUAUCAUGGAUGUGUACAUAUUACCGAAACAUGGUGAGUUUGUACUGUACAAAUGCAGUUGCGUCUGAUAACUGGUUUGUGAUUAAAAUAUUUACUGGAUUUGGAUUAAA